CUAUCCUUUAAACCUCCACUGCGUCCCCGCGAGACUUCAACCUGAGCGCCUCACGUGCCUGGUUCUGUCACACGUGCGUGGUGUUCGUCUUGCCUACUCCGCCAUCCGUCUCUCCGCGCACAAAAGACGUGUCUUUUUUGCGCACUCGCAGCCUUUACGACUACCCUGGACAGUUGUCUUUUUCGCCAGCCACCGCCACCAUGUCGGACAAGCUCACUCGUAUCGCCAUUGUCAAUAGCGACAAAUGUCGCCCUCGCAAGUGUCGCCAGGAAUGCAAAAAGUCUUGCCCCGUGGUUCGCAGCGGCAAGCUUUGCAUUGAAGUAACACCCGAGUCUCGACUGGCCUUCAUCUCCGAGUCACUUUGCAUCGGCUGUGGUAUUUGCCCCAAGAAAUGCCCCUUCGACGCCAUCACCAUCAUCAACCUGCCCACCAACCUCGAGAGCCAGGUGACCCAUCGCUAUGGCCCCAACAGCUUCAAGCUCCACCGCCUACCCAUGCCGCGCCCUGGUCAGGUCCUAGGUCUGGUGGGAACGAACGGUAUUGGAAAGAGUACCGCGUUGAAGAUCCUCAGCGGCAAGCUCAAGCCCAACCUGGGCCGUCACGAUAACCCUCCGGACUGGGAAGACGUCAUUAAGCACUUCCGCGGUUCUGAGCUGCAAAGUUUGUCAAGCUGUCCUGCUUGUGAAUCAAUGCAAGAUGUGCUUACAAGUGCGCACAGACUACUUUACCAAGCUCCUGGAAGAUGAUCUGAAGGCUGUCGUCAAGCCCCAGUAUGUCGACCAGAUCCCGAAGGCAGUCCGAGGCCCAGAAAAGAGUGUGCGUGCUCUCAUUGAGAGCCGAGCUUCUCUUGGCAACACUAACGAAGUCGUUGAUGUUCUGGAGCUCGGGCACAUUAUGGACCGAGAUAUCACCCUUCUCUCUGGCGGUGAGCUCCAGCGGUUUGCCAUUGGCACUGUGUGUGUUCAAAAGGCCGACGUUUACAUGUUCGACGAGCCCUCGUCAUACUUGGAUGUCAAGCAGAGACUGAGUGCUGCCCAAAUGAUCCGGUCUCUGCUCCGAGACGAUGACUACGUCAUCGUCGUCGAGCACGACCUGUCUGUUUUGGACUACCUUUCCGACUACGUCUGCGUUCUCUACGGCCGGCCCGCUAUCUAUGGUGUGGUGACAAUGCCUUACUCGGUCCGCGAAGGCAUCAACAUCUUCUUGGACGGCCACAUCCCGACGGAGAACCUCCGGUUCCGCGAAGAGUCUCUGACGUUCCGCAUCGCCGAGGGCACGGAUGAGUUCGCUAUUGACCGCUCUCGUGCAUUCAACUAUCCCAAGCUGGAGAAGACCCUCGGCAAUUUCAGGCUUCGUGUCGAUGCCGGCGAAUUCACCGACUCUGAGAUCAUUGUCAUGAUGGGAGAGAACGGUACGGGUAAGACGACUUUCUGCCGUUUGCUGGCUGGAGCUCUUAAGCCCGACAGCAAGGCUGGCGUUCCGGAUAUGAGGAUCAGCAUGAAGCCGCAGACCAUUACCCCCAAGUUUGACGGAACUGUUCGCCAGCUCUUCUUCAAGAAGAUUAAGCAAGCGUUUUUGUCUCCGCAGUUCCAGACCGAUGUGGUCAAGCCCCUCAAACUUGAGGACUUCAUCGACCAGGAAGUCAAGAACUUGUCUGGUGGUGAAUUACAGCGCGUUGCCAUCGUUCUGUCUCUCGGUAUGCCCGCCGACAUUUACCUCAUUGACGAGCCGUCGGCCUACCUCGACUCCGAGCAACGUAUCAUCGCGUCUCGUGUCAUCAAGCGUUUCAUCAUGCACUCCAAGAAGACCGCAUUCGUGGUCGAGCACGACUUCAUCAUGGCCACUUACCUCGCUGACCGCGUCAUCGUUUUCGACGGCAAGCCAGGUAUUGAUGCCCACGCCAACAAGCCUGAGUCGCUCCUCACUGGAUGCAACACCUUCCUGAAGAACUUGAACGUCACUUUCCGUCGCGACCCGACCAACUACCGUCCUCGCAUCAACAAGCUGGGUUCUCAGCUUGACCAGGAGCAAAAGAUGAGCGGCAACUUCUUCUUCCUAGAGGAGGCGCCAGACAAGAGCUCCUGAAAAGGGCACAAACGAGCAUGAUACCCCUUUCUCGAGUCACAAUGCAUCAUCCGGCGUUCAAAAUAAAGCUUCGGUAGAGAAGCACAGUCCUGGCCAAGGCCUGGAAAAGGGACCGCAGGAAGACGGCGCCGGCGAGGACGAUGAUCCAGAUGAGUAACAAUGGAGACGGCAGUCUAUCCCCUGUUGCCUGGUCCUGCGAAAUGGUGGUCACUGUGAGGGUCAUAGACACUCGGACGUGCGCCCGGUCUAUUUCCGCGCAGCACUCCGCUGCGGAGACGUUCACGAGCGGACGUAUUGGGCGACGAUAGAGUCGCCAGCCAUUUCGCAGAUUGAGGGGCAAUGGAUGAAGCAGGAUGACUGCCGUCAGCUUCCUAUCCUCGCGGGAAGCGCAUAGAGAGCUUAUAGUCUACCAUUUUUCUCAGAUACUUGAAUGCACGGAUCGUUGUAAAUCGGCCACAGUUCUCGCUCGCGUGGUAGCUACAAUAACACGUAGCUCUCGUUCAGUG